UGCAUGUGUGGCAGCAUGUCUCCUGCAUGCAGUCGAUCGAGUCUCUGAAAUCAACCUCUCAUUGCGUGCCCAUGAGCUAGCCAUGCAUUCGCCAUUGAGAAGUGAGCUUGAGGACGAAGAAGAAGAAGUAAACUACUCUACGGUUCACUCAUCUCCAUGUAGACCUAGAUCACCUUUGGAAAAGUAGAGAGAGAUCGCCACCAUUUCAUAGGUAGGCCAUAGAUUAGCUCCAAGCACCAGGAAUCUCUUGAAACACCGUCUUUAACCUUUCCCAUUCAUCACAUCCUGCCGGUGCCUCUUUUGUGCCUUUGUUGCUACGCCUUAUAGCUUCUUCUCGUGGGUCUUUCUCUCUUCUGCUAUAAGAGCCCUGCGCCGUCCUCAUCAUCAUUCUCCCUCUAAUUCGAUCUUCUUCUUCUUCUUCUUCCUCCGCACCGUCGCGCCGAUCGAGGAACCGACAAUUGUGUAAGAUCGAUUGUUCAUCCAUGGAGAGCACCGAGCUGAAAGUGGAGAUGGUGGCACUGCAUGAGAAGAGGGUACGAAAAUGCCUGUCCAAAGUGAAAGGGGUGGAGAGGGUGGAGGUGGAGGGGAGCCUGCAGAAGGUGGUGGUGACCGGGUACGCGAACCGGAGCAAGAUCCUCAAGGCGCUCAGGAGGGUGGGGCUCAGGGCGGAGCCAUGGUCGCCGAGGAACGAGCUGCUCAGCGCCUACGCCGCCGGCAGCCUCAUGGCGGCCAACAACUACUACCACACCUUCUUCUGAGCUACUGAUAUCCAAAGCCACCGGCGGCGAGUCGGCGACUGAACCUAGCUUGCCUGACUGUGCUGGGAUAAUGCUGCGUAGUUUACCUUAGAUAUGUGGUGAUCUCCACUUCGAUCUUCUUCCAUUGGUGUACAUGAUCUCGAUCGCAGUUGCUAGCUUUUUGUUUUUCUCCUUUGGUUUGGGGAGGUGAAAUGGUGAGGCAUGCAGAUGUAAAAUGUUCUGCAGGCAAAAAGAUUUGUUAAGUUUGUGGCAUCAAGGGAAACAAAUUAAUGCUUCAUCUAUAAAAAAAACAACCAAAUGCUUGAUUUGA